AACAAAGAUACAACAUUGAGAAAUGUUUUGUUUAUCCCUCCAGUGCUUUCAUUGUUUAUCAAAUGCAUAAUUGAAUAUUGCCAAGAUGAUCGAGGAAGAUAUCUUAGAUAUAAAACUAAACAAACACGACAUGGAACAGGCGAUAUACAAGGAAUACAAUGGCAGGAUUACGUAAAUCCUAAAGAGGCAAUUUCUACUAUAAUAAUGUGUACAAGAAACUGUCUUUAAUUACAGUCUAUGAUGACAGUUGCACAGACUUGACUGAAUCAGGUUUCACUUCCCUAUUUCUUGACGGAUGUCAAGUAGACUUCAAAAAAAGGAAAACAGCCAAGCCACACCCUUAUUUACAGACGCAACAUGUGAUUUCCUGCAUUAUACAGACAACACUUUGAAAACCAUGCUUGUGGCACAACUGGAAUGGUUGUGUAUAAAAACCUUUGUGCACACUAACAUGGUUUUCGAGGCCAAAGUCUCUGUUGUUGAUCAGUCUAGAAGUUGUUGCUCAUCAGAAGCUAAUUUUUUUCAUGGGUUAUGUAACAUCCCACACUGUCAGGUCAUCUCUGCUGCUCUUAUUGCACAAUCCAAAGUGCGGAGGACACAUUUAUUUGUCUUAAAGCAGGGUUUAUCACAAGACAACGCUGCCAGCCACGGCUUCUUUUGGAACUAAGGCUCAUUGUGUCAUGCUCCCACAUGCCAUAUUGCUAAGCCGGACUUUAAAGAGAAUGUUAACAUGCUGCGCUGUGCACAUUAGCACCAUGGCUUUGGUGGUAUUAACCAUUAACUUGCUGAGUGUCAGGUUGUUUGAAAAAUUAUAGAACAGAAAGUGAAAAGCUGGAACUUUUUGUGGAAGGUUCUGCCAAAUGAACUUUUGUCCUGGUUAACUACCACGUUGUGCUGUGGAAGAUAUGCAUGUCAUAAUGCAUAGUCAUUAUUUGCCUAGCCUCAUGUCGUUCGAAACCAUACAUACUGUGUCUUUGGAACAAAACGGUUGACAUUUUUGAAGAACCUUUACACUGCAGUUUCUAUACAAUGGCUAUGUUUACAUGUACACCUUUAGUCAGGGUGAGGAAUUACUUGGAUUAAGAUAAGUUUACAUGACAUGGGCAAACCCCAAUUUUCAAUCCUGCUUUUCAAGGCUAUUUUGAUUACUUGCUAACAAAUGCAGUUCUAUCUGUACCCGUUCACCUGUUCCCCAAACUACAACAUGAAAUGUUUAAUUUAAAUACUGUUUGUUGCUGGUUUCAUUUGUCAAAUGCAAAAGUGUUCUAGAGUACUAAACCUACCUUAUUCGUAUGCAGCACUAGCACAUGUACACUUGCUGCUUAACUAGUAAUAAAAAUGUGUCAAAUUCUAUCAAUGUUUUCAUUUUAUUUGAUCUAUUUAUUCAUUUACUAUUUUUAUUAAAAUGUACGUAUUCAUUUAUUUUGCUUUUCGUCUUGUUUGGUGGUACAUGUGAAAUUUUCUGUAAAAGCUCUAUAAUGCUCUCUGAAAGUGUUUGUACAAUAUCAUUUCUGUUUCUUUAAUAAAAAAGCACACUUUUGCAUAUAAGCGUGAUUAAAAUGUGCAUUUUACUGCAAUUAUGGUUACUCAGAUUAUAAGCAUAAUCAUAUUAACAUAAUCACAGUAUCCUGUUUACAUGAGCUCCAACUAAACCGCAGUACUGCUCUAACUGCAUUAUAGGAGUGCAUGUAAACGUAGCCAGUCCAUGAUGGCACAAUCUGACAAGCUCCAAAAAGAACAGAAAGCACAAAAAAGAUGUGAUGUGAAUUUUGUGCAGUAUUCCUAUUCUUUCAAAGUUAUUCACUGAUCUUAAUUUCCAUCAAAAAUCGUGUCUAGCCUCUGCUCAUGUACAGAUUUUUUUUUUUUUUUAACUAUAUGAUAUGUGUUUUGCAGUGUUUUUGUUCUUUAUGGAGCAUGUCAGAUGUGGUCACAUGAACCGAUUAAAAAUGUCUUGAAAAUUUGUACUUUUGUGCUCUGCAGAACAAACAAGUUGGGAAUUGCAUGAGGUAAGUAAAUAAUGACAGAUUUUUCAAUUUGGGCUGGACUAUGCCUUUAAUAAAACAAAGUCCUCAUCACUUAUGGGAUUUCCAAGGAGAGAGCGAGAGGGAGGGAGAGUGCAGUUCCCCUGGGUCACGGUUAUAUAGCUGAGGUCAGCAAGAGGACAAAACACCUCAUUGAUAACUGCACUAUGACACAUCUCCAUUGCCCUGAUAAAGAGCCAGUCAGUCUGGAAGGUGUUCAUGACUACGCGGAAAACUGUGAAUCAUAAAGACACCGGGUACAUGGCAGGGUGGUGAUCACUGACCUAGAAUCAGGCUGAUGGGAAAUCCUGUGUUCAGAUGAAGUUCUAAGUACACUGAAUUCCUUGCACAAUGGUUGUAAUCUACUAGUUAUAUUGGAAAGAGUCAGAUGUGCUCUCUCACACGCACACACUAUAGGAAUGUACUGCAGUGUGACUCACAGAGAGAUGACUAAUAACAGUUCAAUUAGCUUAGGACAAUAAGUAUCACCUGAUUGCCCAGGGCCAGUGAGUUUCGGGACAGUUGACUGAACAGUCAGACCAGUGCUGCAAUUUGCCACUAUGUCUUCUGAGGUCCUGCCUGGUCACCCAAUUGGAGGUUUAUUUCAUAAUAACAACCAGCUAAUUGUACUUUAUCCCUUAUAUAACUUCUAGCUAUUAUUGGUGAGUGAGUAAAUAAAAAUAAAUAAAUACUAAUAUGCUGCACAUAAACAGAGGCAUUAUAAUUUGCUGCUAAAAAUAAAAUGAUUGGUAGCUCCAGUGAAAUAUCUGAACUACUGCAGCAGAAUAGUCUUUAACAUAUGUGCAUGUAGCACUUUAACCUGUCAAAUCAGUAGGGAAACAAUUAAUGAAAAAGAACAGAAUCAUAUAAUUAAGCAGUAUCACACAAGCAAGAGUGCUGUUGUUCUGAACUUCAACAAUAAGUUAGCGUUGAGUAACUUGCGUUUUAGAAAAUACUGCCAGUUACUUUGUAACUAUUUGUGCUUUGUCAAUGAAAAUAGCUGCAGUUAAAGGGGACAGUCAACAGAAAGCAGUUGUUGUAAAUGAAUCGGUGUUUUCAACUAAUUCGCUGAAUGCAUGAUUUAAUGAUUUGCUCAGAAUAAAAAACAGUUGCAUGUCGCCACCUACUGGCACAACAGUUGAUUAUGAAAAAAGAAACUUUUGCUAAGCACAGUUUUGCUUAACCGCAUAAUAAAAGGGUUUUUUACUCAAAGUUUUUUUUUUUUUAAACAGUUACAUUGUGGCCAUCUAGUGGUCAAAAAGAACAACACCUACAUAUCUGCUGUGCCCCAGCUUUCACAUGUUAUCUCUGCAAAUGAUUCUCUCUGAAUUUUGUUUUUUUAUUUAUUUAUUUUUUAAUAAGAGUCAUUGUCAAAACAAAAGUGAUUAUAAGUCGUUUGGGUGUAUUUACACUAAAAAAUAAAAAAACAAUCCAUAAAAUUUGCAAUGUCGAUUUUGACAUGUUUCAUGUGAGCUUCACAUACGUAUUACCAUACUCAAAAAAUAAAUAAAUAAAUAAAAAAAUCUCUAAUCUAAUUUUUUACGCCAGAUUGUGGUCACGUGGUUGUCAGCUCCAAUAUCAAUGUCCAAUAUAUUGAGUUUCGGUGUCAGACAUAACAUCGCUCCACGAUCGCUCGAAACGGGUUUCUUGUACAGAGCGCACAACAUACAAAACCCGGAGUAGACUUUCAGCCAAGUGCUUUCAGAACGCUUUGAGCGUGGGAGGUGCCGCUCCGCUCCACUAACACACGCUGAUCCAGUCCGGCUUUCAGCCUGAGCGUUGCUUGGUGACACCCAAAGCUUGAAGCUUUGGCAUGUUCGGAACUAUUUUCGUUGGCUGAGAAGAAAUAUACGAACUAACUCGCCAAACUUUGUGUGAAACCAAUCAGAUUUUAUGGAUAUCUGGCAGAUAGCAGAUCGUUUUACAGCGCGUAUUCCUCCAAGGCUUCCUGAAGAUCAUAUUCCUUGUUGGGUUACACCCAGGCCUUUGACUUUAGCAGCAUUUGUGAGGAGGUGCAAGAGCAAAUAUGUUCCAACAAAGGACAGCAAAGGUUACUGUUAGAAAUAUCAGGUCUUUUGCAAGGAAAGAGAUAGCCUACUACACUGCUCUAGAUACAAGACCUGCUCGAGACAAGAGGAGGGCACAGACAGAAGGAAGGGAGGAAUAAAACGAAAGAGGCAAAAAUGACUUGGAACUGUGUGGGAAGACAUGGGAGGAGCUUGCAAAGUAUAAACUUGGAUGUUUCCUAGCAGUGGAGAGCCUCAGCACGGUAAACGAUGCCAAAAGUAAAUGAAGAGGACGAAUGCACCGUCGCAUUAACAGAACAUUUGGCGGAUAUUCUUUAAAGUUCAGUCUUCUGGAACAUCUGCGAGACGCCAGCAGCUCAGGAACUGACGCUGGGAUCAACUCCUCGGGUGCACUGGAGCUGGACACGGUGUGGCAUGCGUGGAUCAAAUAUUCCUGCAUAGUCCAAAUACAAACUAAAAGAAAGACAGCGAACUUAUUUCGUAAGAUGAUCUGCUUAUUGUUUUUGUUCCACUGUGCUGCCGGCGUGUUGUCGUCUUCAACCCAGGUGGCUACAAUCUACCCUCAAGACCCGGCCCUUCCCAUCGGCUCCAGCCUGACAGCCACAUGCUCAGUGAAUCCAGACCACGGCAUUCACGCAGGCUCGCUCUACUGGACGCUGAACGGAAAGCGUCUUCCCAGCAGCACCUACAGCAUUCUGAGCCCCACCGUGCUCAGCAUCACCCUCCCGCGGCUCUCUGGGUCCCGCCAGCGCUCCGGAGACAACCUCGUGUGCCAUAACAGCGGGGGUCAUGUGCUGGCCGGCUCCUGCAUCUAUGUUGGCAUGCCUCCUGAGAAACCCGUGAAUCUUACCUGCUGGUCCAGGAACACUAAAGACCUCACCUGUAGAUGGGCCCCUGGGGGCCAGGGGGAAACCUUCAUCAAGACAAAAUACACACUCAAAUAUAAGCUCAGGUGGUACGGACGAGAAAAGGAGUGUGAGGACUAUAGCACGGGAGAACCAUAUACAUGCUACAUCCCCCGUGACCUCGCCCUCUUCACGCCCUACGAGAUAUGGGUGGAGGCCUCCAACCAACUCGGAACCGCAACAUCCGACGUCAUCUACUUGGAUAUCUUAGACGUGGUGACGACAGACCCACCGACUGAUGUGACCGUGAGCCGAGUGGGCGACCUGGAGGACCAGCUGACUGUGCGCUGGGGGACACCGCCUGCACUAAAAGACUUCCUCUUUCAGGCCAAAUACCAGAUCAGAUACAGACUGGAAGAAAGCAGCGACUGGAAGGUGGUGGAUGAUGUUGGGAACCAGACUUCCUGCAGGCUCGCAGGGUUGCGGCCAGGCACGGUGUAUUUCGUGCAGGUGCGCUGUAAUCCGGUUGGGAUUCUGGGAUCUAGGAAAGCAGGCAUUUGGAGUGACUGGAGUCACCCAACUGCAGCCUCAACACCACACAGUGAGCGGCUGCUGACAGGGUCAUGUGACUCGAAGGUGGGGCAGCAGAACUCCACGUUGCGGCGGGAUUUGAAGCAGUUCUUUGGCUGGGUGCGCAAGCACGCCUACGGUUGCAGCGGUAUGAGUAUCAAACUUUAUGAUCAGUGGCGGGUCUGGCUGCAGAAAUCUCACAAAACCCGCAACCAGGUUCUUCAAGGAGAUAAAUCAUAGCACGUCGCUCCUGGCAGGCAGAACAUUUAACAACAACAGCACACUGUGGAAGAAUUCACAUUUUCCAGACUGCUGCUUGGCUCAGUGCAAGAAACGUAAAGUACAGCUGGACUCAAAACGGGAUUUUCAAUCAACAAAAGGUGACGGGCAUUUGGUCCCUCGGACACAGAUUAAAUUGUGCAGUUCUCUAAAAUGCCUUAUUAUACAGGAAAACAAACUGUCUUUGAUAAUAGCCACGGAGAUCACGUGGACUAUAUCCUCGCAACUCACUAUCUGUGGAGACAAGUUCUUGAUCGUGUGUCGGGGAGCAAUUAAUUAAAGGUCAUAAUUUGCACAUUUACUGAUGACUAUGCACGAGCCAUGCUUAGCCAACGUGACACAUGGUCUAUAUGUGGACCCGUGACGUUUUCAGAUCUUGCUAACUUUAGCCAACCUGUAUGUUAAAGAGGUUCCUCAUGGACAAAUGGAAAACGUCUGAAUGUUUUUUUCAGCCAGCGUUUUGUGUAACUUCAAGACAACUGGAAUAAUAUUAAGACCAUCCAGUUUUACCAAAGGUACCUUUCAUGAAUGUUUGAGUGACUACAGCAGUUUACCUAAAAAUCUGACAGGUAUACCUCACAGAACAUCUUGCCACUUUUUAGUCUCCGUAUCAAAAGUUGCAAUGCAAUGCAAUGCUGAACAUAUCAAUACAUAGAAAUAAGCCUCUCGCUGCAGUCGUAAAGGAGGACCUAUAUUCCGGAUCAACACUACAACAAAAAGUUAACAUGUUGGAACCUCAGUGUGGACUCAGAAAAUAGCUUUCUAAUGAAUGGAGAGGAAGAUUUGGCCAACUAACGUUGUUUCUCAUGUUUAUAUGUGUUUUGCGGUUACAAAACUGUAACUGUGUUUGUAGCAUUGAACUGUUUGAAAAUAAUUUUAUGUAUUGAGACAUUUUACUGCUUUUAUUUUUGUACUGAAUUGUAUCCGCAUAUUUAAAUUUAAAGUUAUGUUUUGACUCUUAAGUUAUGUGUAGGUAGAUUAUAUUAUUAUUGACUGAAUUGUUAAACCCUAAUAUUGUUCAUAAAAUCCUUCUUUAAGAUAAAACCUAUGAAAGUUUUUGAACUUUUUGGCCAA